GUAGAAACUACAACAACAACUCUAGUAGUAGAACCGCAACCUCCUCCGCCGCGGCGAGAAGAUUGUCUUGGCGACGUGCUUUGUUGAUCGAUGGGUUGUUCUUCCUCCUUGUUUCUUCCCGCACAGACGCUGACUUGGAGGAGGCUUGUGUGAUGCUGAUCGAACAUGUUGAUGUGGUCCAGACUGCCCCUCGCAUUUUCAACUUGUUGUCCCGGUGUCGUCGAUCGUUUGCUGUCUCCUUUGUGGUGCAGCAUCACGCCAUCCUGUUCCAACUGAAUGGACUGAAGGCGGCACAGGCUGUUGUAGCUUUGGACCAUGUGGAUCCAAAUACGAACAUGAGCAGUUGGCCUUCUGUACUACUCGAUGAAGGUCCUGGCGCGUCCUUAGCGGAUCGAGUCUUCCGAGCACAGAUCUUACUCGAGGACGACUUCGAUAGUGCCUUCUCUGUCAGAAUGCAUGCCUACAAGUACGACUCAAGUACAACUUCUAGUAGUAGCAACUACACAAACACCACGACCACUAGUAGCUUACUGCUCGAGUUAUUGAUGCUCCUCGCUCACAGCAGUCCGCUGCGGUGUUAUCGGCUAAUCGACACACGAACAAAAGAGUUGAUGACAUGUUUGUUGCAGUUCAUCGCUCCGAGUGGAAGUGCUGUGAAUGGGCGUAGGGAAGCGCCGGAUUUGUGGUCCUACGUGCAGCAAAGGGUGAGCCCAGGUGAUGCGUUCGAGGCUGCGAUGAGAGAUCGGCUUCUAGGGAGGUCGACUACUAAGCGAACAACAUGCACAAAAGACGGACAAUCAAAUGCAUUGGCAGACACUUGGCCAGCAUUGAGACAGAGUGAACUAGGACAAGAGCAAGCAGUUCUUGCAACUUCCACUGCAACUUGUGUCUUGAGUCUUGAAAGCAAUAUCAGACUGAACACGAUGCAGGGUCGCUUACAAGACGCUUUUGCGCUGGCACUCCACUCACUGGGCGACGUUGAGUACAUGUGUCAAAUUCUUCAGAAGCUCGAGAAGAUGACUUCCGAAGUAGAAGUAGGUGGCACUGUACCAAGAGCAUCAUUAACUUUGCCUUUGGAAAGGAAAAGAAGCACAACCACUACAAGCAACAUGGGUUCGGGGACAGAAGACGAUUUAGAUGUGCGUACACAUGAUCAAGUUUUGGCUUCUUCCUCAUCUCCUGCGGCCACUUCCUGUUCCUCGGAUAUCUACUUCGAGAAACCUUACGCAGACUUUCUCAGAUUUCUGUGCCACACCAACGUGGAGCACCUGGCAGAAGGUGCACUUUGUGCGAGUGUGGGUCGACUUCCAAAGGGUUUAUACCCAGAUUUUCGACGCAGAGUACUGGAAAUUCUACCAGUGACGCUUCUCAGUCGAGGAGGUGAUGAUCGCGAAUCGGAGUCUUGUUUAGGAGAGCAUGGUGAAAAAAACAGCAAGCAACAACAAAAGAUGAAGGAGCUACAGGAUUCUGCCCUCUCAUUGUUACCUGGUGUCGGAGGAGGUGAUGUAACUACGGAUCUGGUAUUCGAAAACAUUAUGAACAUGCCUUCAUCCACCUCUUCUAGUGAAAUGAUUGGGACGUCCCAGUCCCUCAGCUGUUCAUCGUCAUCUGGCACCCUUAAAGAACAAGAUAAAGCAUCACCUCGAGUAGAAGAAGAUCUGGAGACGGAAGCACGCGCCAGUUUUUCGCCGGGACUAUUGUUGUUAAGAAAGUCGCUAACGUUUACGUUACAUAUAGAUACAACUAUAGAUACUAUUACUAACUGUCUGAUCACCAAGAAUCUAUCAAGAAUGCAUCUUUCUUGACCUUGACCACGUACUUAUGUAAAUUGUCUCUUGCGUGUCCUGGUUCAUGCUCCCUUCACCCCAAAAGAGAAACAAACAAGCCAGGGGCGGAGAUCAAUGUCUUAGUCAUUUUUCUUACAACAAGAACAACAAGGAAAGAAUUAGAAUAGAUGUACAAGUACAUCUAGCUACAUCUUCCUCCUCCCCUAAUCUCGGACUCCUUCUGCACCGAUUUGGAGAGAGAAAUGGCGCAGUUAAAAACCGAAGUUGCUAGUGCCCGAAACGAAACGCGCAGUCUAAGACAAAAAUUGCUCGCUUUAAACCGCAAAUGCGCGAAGACAGGGCUCUUGCUCUUAGUCGAGGAUGAAGAGCAAAAAAAGUAUACUCCAGGGUCACUGUUGAGACUUCCGCUGUUUGAAGAGGAUGCGGGAAAGGUUAGCGGGCCAUAAAAAUUUGGGCUAUUGUUCUAAGGUUUCGAUAUUGACAGAAAUUCACAAUUUCUAUUUUCCGAAUUCUACUUCGUUCCACUAACUCUGGCAACCCUUUUUUUCACAAAUGAGACAAAGAUGUUCAUCAACACGCCAAACAAUUUUAUUCACUAGUCGAUCAUGUAGUUUCUGAGUUUUCUAUGUUGUUAGUACUUAGUACACUACUAGGCCGCGAAUUGGAAUUCCAAAUUGCAGCUUCAUCGCAGCCGCAAUGCAGCGCAUGACAACGACCAAUCUGUGAUGCUGGACGUGCCUUGAUAAAUUAGAGUUUGCAAUCAGACUACCUAGGAUGUUCGAUAUGAGCGUGCGAGG